ACAGGACUGCCUCGCUCCCCACGGCGGUGAGGCGAGACCGACCGGCGACGCGCGGCCAGCCCUGAAUUGAAUCAGCUACUAUGGCGGCCCUGCCGUUGGCCACGGCGGAAGUCUGCGACGCCAACUCGCACCUCAUCACCGGCGGCGAGCUGCGCGCGCUGCAGCCCGUCUUCCAGAUCUACGGGAGGCGGCAGGUGUUCGCGGGCCCCAUCGUGACGCUCAAGGUGUUCGAGGACAACGUGCUGGUGCGCGAGUUCCUGGAGGAGAAGGGCCAGGGCAGGGUGCUGGUGGUGGACGGCGGCGGCAGCCUGCGGUGCGCCAUCCUGGGCGGCAACCCCGUCCAGCAGGCGCAGAACAACGGGUGGGCGGGCAUCGUGGUGAACGGGUGCAUCCGGGACGUGGACGAGAUCAACGGGUGCGACAUCGGCGUGCGCGCCCUCGCCUCGCACCCCAUGAAGGCCAACAAGAAGGGGAUGGGCGAGAAGCACGUCCCGGUCACCAUCGCGGGCACCAGGAUCUGCGACGGCGAGUGGCUCUACGCCGACACCGACGGCAUCCUCGUCUCCAGGACCGAGCUGAUCGUGUAGGAGAGGCCGCGGCCGCCGCCUCGUUGUCCGUGCCGUUCCACUCUGUGGUUGUAUUUGCUUGUCUGUAACAUGAUGGAUGAACUGGGCUCUGUGGCACUGCAUAAAUAGAGGAGGAGGGCUGCUGUGGUUGCUGCUGCUGCUGCCCUCCCUGAUUGAAUGGUGUUGUAUCUGGACUUCACAUUCAGAAGCUCCGAACUUGUAAUAAUUGUAAGCUUAUCUUGCCUGAUCAAAUGGAAUGAGGAAUCGGAAUAAAAUUGUCA